AUGGCGUCGACGAUUCUUGUGGCGACUCUAGUUGCCGUCCUCGAGCCAUCGGUUGUGGGCGCUGGGAAUGGACUUCUCGAUGAUCUGCACCCAACCCUCGAGGGCUCGAGCGAGCUGUACCACCGGCUCACCCACAUCGAGGAUGCUGGAUCGCUGCUGCAGGGGGCUGAACUCGCCGCGCCAGGCCCAAGGCUACUCGACGACCUACCUCAGUCGCCCGACGGCCUGGGCAGGCUCUACGAGAGCCUCGGAUACAUCGACCAUGCCACGCCCGCGAUGUUGCAAGCAGAGCAUGCUGCCGGCAAGGAGCAGGCGUCGCAUGAUCCUCAUGUGCACGACGCAUUCCCUGGUAACCCGUCUGGGUCUCUUGCGGCAGGAGCUGCUUCUUCUAUCCCGCAAAGUCACGACAAUCUUGCCGUGCAAAGCCAUGACCACCGUGCCGAGCUGUCCGCCCGAUACGACGAGGGAUCGACGUCCAUCGAGCCGCUGCUCGUGGAAGGAUCGCCGCUAUCUCUGCCACGAGGCAGAGCACGCGGCGGGAGCAAACUCAGGCAGUCGCGAGCUGGCAAGCAGAUGACGGAGCUCUACCACGCCCAAGCCGGCCUCAAGAGAAAGAAGAUCACCUACGGCAAUGCGGAGCUGUCCGAUUUCGUCGUCGAGGCGCUGCAGAGGCGGGUCAGAGACCUACCACCUUCAGUUCGGCUCGAUCGCGAGACCAUCAUUCGGAUCCACCAGCCUUCGACCCUGCGCGGCACGGACAGGUGGGUCAGGGUACGCAAAGCGGCCGGCAACCUCUUCAAGAAUCAGGCGGUUCCUCUCGACAAGUCUGGCUUGUUGACAGACAUUGACGUCCCGGGCAGGUGUCGAGUCAGCUUCUCGUACAUCGUCGACCAGCCGAGAAACGGUGUCACCUUCCUCUUCGACGCAGCUGCCUUCCCCUACAAAGACUCUGGCCUGGAAAGGACGUACCUGGGCAUUCUCGAGAUUCGAGAGCCACCGGAGUUCAGCAUUGUCACUGAUCACUUCAGCCCUGUCCUCGCUGGUCGACUGCAGGCGCUGACGGGUAAGAGGUUCGAACUCGAGAGGGUUUCAGCUUCCUCGGCCCGGCCGGGCGGCCCGAUCGGCCCUGCGGAUGACUUGCACAGUGGCCUUGACCCAUAG